UGGCAAGACCUUAUCAUCCAUUCACCAAUUCAAGAGUAUAUAUAAAUAUAUAUUUUUGUUGAUGUUAUCAACAGUGUUUUCAUUCAAGUUAAUUCAUAAAUUACAAUCUAGAUUUUCAUCUCUUCCCUGACUCGAAAUUAAGUUCUCGUGAGAAUGGGUGAGACGAAGUUGGAUGACCUCCAACUAUGGACCAGAUCUACCUGUGAGCGAUUCAAAGGCUCAGAAGCCGCCCGUAUGAUUGCCCAUAAUCCGAGCAUGUUGCUGUACGGUGCGGGCUUGAUCUGUCUAACCGCGUGGCUGUUUAUACGGGGUGCGACGAUUUUCAAGAAACCGAGACAUGUCAGACCGAGAACGCCGGAUUUGGAGAAGCCAACAUCUAGGAAUGGAAAAGUGCAAAGGCCAGUGGGAGGUUAGGAUUAACCAUUAAUUGAUGAAUAGCGGCUGAUUCCUUGACAGUUUGGGAGCCCGUGCAAUUCAGACGCCCAACGGCAGUUCCAUUUCCAAACUGGGAUGUGCAACGAACAAAGCCAAACGCAUACCGACCGUUUCGCCAUGGACCUUAUCACAUCACCAUGGGACUGAGAACCAUGGAUUGGAAUGAGUGGAUAGGUAAGUUAUUUUCGGCCUAAGCGGAAGGCAGCAUUGCUAACAUCUCUAAGAAUUGGACAACCACUACAUGAAGUACCAUGACGACAAAGCCAAACGUAUUAUCGAACGUGGCGCCAGAUCUUGCUACACCGAUCCUUCGGCAUUUGAUGGUGCUGUUGAGCUGCUCGAAGAACUUUGCGCAUAUCUCCCAGAACGUUACCCUACACUCUACAGACGUACUCCAGUUGGUAUGGAUAAUCUUCUCACUAACGAAUCUUUCAACAUCGUGGAACGGCCACUUGCAGAAGAUCCAAUGCAAAUGGCAGCCCGCUUCACACAGGAUGAUCUGGCCAUUAUGUUUGAGAAGGAAGAUGGCCAAUACUAUCUUCUUGCUGGAGCCAUUUUACUUGCGGGAUUUUGGCGUUUGGAGGAUAAAUUAGGUAUGCCAUUGAGUGAGAUCCACACAUCCGGCGACGUGCCGGGCUACAAAACAAAAUUGGAGAAAGGAAUGAUGAACUUUUUUCGCAGGGUGCAGCCUAAUGCGCCCGUUCAGCGUGUAAGCCUCUCUAGCUUGCGCGAUUAUGGCUAGCUGCAUACUAACCGAUGUUUCAGAACAACUAUUUCAUUCAAGUAGACGAUCAACUAGCAUGGUCAUCAAGCAUUGGUCCCGAAGAUGGAGAACCCGGGAGCGUGAGUUGGGAUACUGCGGAAAAGAAUAGAGCGGUUGAACAUCAUUGGUUUCGUUCUGAACGACAGACAUUGAGGAGACUGCCGAGAUCUGGCGGUGUGGUUUUCACGAUCAGAACGUAUUUCCAUCCGAUCACGGAAAUAUGCGAGGAGCCGUAUGUACCUGGGAGAUUGGCAAGUGCCGUGAGAAGCUGGGGUGACGACGUGAGCAAGUACAAGGGCAAGGAGAAGUAUGGUGAAGUUUUAUUGGAGUACCUGGACAAGAAACAUGAAGAGCAAGUUGAAGCGGGGCUGGAUGUGGAGAAGGAAGACGAAGUCAGAGCAUAUCCAUACUAGUGCGCGUUUUUGGAAAUUGGAGGUGCUCAAGAUGAUGCCACUUCGGAGGCUGCAUUUGGAAUUUGAGCCUGCACAUGCUGCUGGCGUCUGGCGCUUUUCGGCUGGACAAUAGCCGUGAAUAAUCUAAAAUAUUAAAUACGAAAUCACAAAUUUAUGAGACGCUUGAUGCCUGCCGCAAGCGUACUUCCAGCGAUCCAUUAA